ACGUGUGUACACACUGUAGGGCUCAGCAGCACUUCAGCAGUAGUAAAGUCUGCAACGGACGGCCCACUUUUCAGAACAAGCCUCGUACGAAAAGUUGAUAGAUGAGUUCUCCACCGUACGUAGUUAAACCGUUCGUUUUGCUGUUUUCUUUACCGAGGCGAUAACACUACUUGUGUUGGUGAAAUGAAACGAAUGAGAAAUGCCUGUGGAAAUGCUUCAUCCAAACCCGAUGCCUCCGUAGGUUUGUCACCCAGCCAAAUCUAUACUACGUUUCUGUCGACCUGUUGAGAGACUGGACCUGUGUCGGAGCCCAGCGAUGUGGCUCUGCAUGGUUUACAAUGAGACGGACACCAGCGUGGACUUCCGGCUCUGCCAGGACUUUGGCCUCAUCCUGUCAGUCUUCUCCAUCAUCUACCUCCUGGUGUGCUUCCCGUUGGGGCUGUGCUACAAUGUGCUGUUGGUUGUGGUCAACCUCUCUAACAAGGUGUCUAUGACCAUGCCGGAUGUUUAUUUCGUCAACAUGGCCAUUGCGGGCCUUGUGCUCAACCUGGUGGCACCUGUGGAGCUGUUGAGCUCCACCUUCACCCGCUGGCACGCAUGGGAGUACAACAAUGAGGUCUACAUCACCCUCAUCAUCCUUUUCAAUAUCUCAUCUCUGGUCAUCAUGUAUUCCACCACCCUCCUCAGUCUGGACUACUAUAUAGAGCGGGCACUGCCUCGUACAUACAUGUCCAGUGUGUAUAACACCAAACACGUGUGUGGGUUUAUUUGGGGCGGCGCGGUGCUCACUAGCUUCUCUUCACUGCUCUUCUAUGUGUGCAACCACAUCUCCACUAAGAUGGUUGAAUGCUCCAAAAUGCAGAACAAGGAGGCAGCAGACGCCAUCAUGAUGUUCAUCGGCUACGUGGUUCCAGCUGUGGCUGUUCUUUAUGCCUUUGUGCUCAUUUUGCGUAUUAGGAAGGAGUCUACACCUCUGGACCAGGACUCGGCUCGCUUGGACCCUUCUAUCCACAGACUGCUGCUCGCGUCAGUCUGUGUACAGUUUGUACUGUGGACUCCAUACUACAUGACCCUGUUGGUACACACAGUAGCUGGUGCACCAGGAUACAUUAGUAAUGUACAUUACUUACCUACAUAUUAUUUCUUGAGAUGUGUGUCUAAACUGCUGGCUUUCUCAAGCAGCUUUGCGAUGCCUCUCAUGUAUAGGCAGAUGAACAAAAACUUCUCCAACAAGCUUCAGCGGCUGCUCAGGAGGCUGCACUGCGGAGACCAGUCGUGCCCUAAUGAACGCUCAACAGUGCAGCAAGUGGUGACGUGAGAUCUCCUUGUUGGGAGAUUACGCCCCUCCCACUCCCUCCUUUCACCCUCUUGGCGUAGCCGGCAC